AUGCCUACCUACGCCGUCCUCGGCGCAACCGGGAACACAGGCACCGCAAUCAUUCAACUCUUGCUCUCCUCCCCGGACGCCCAUGUGCACGCGUUUUGCCGCAACCGAGAGAAACUCGCACGCGUGCUCCCCGAAGCCAUCACAAGCCCCCGAGUACAGAUCUUUGAAGGCAGCAUCCACGAUGUCCCGUUGUUGGCGUCCUGCCUCCGAAACUGCCGCGCAGCAUUCCUCGUGACAUCCACCAACGACAACGUCCCGGGGUUCCGCGUCGGACAGGACAUGGCUACGAGCGUUCUUGUUGCUCUAAAGGAGGAGAAGAAGAAGACCCUGGGACAACCGUCCUCGAUCCCAAAGCUCAUCCUCCUCUCCUCAGCAACCAUCGACGACGUCCUCUCCCGCAACACCCCCUACCUACUCCGACGCGUCUUACUCUGGUCAGCAUCCCACGUCUACGCCGACCUGCGCGCGACCGAGCGCCUACUCCGCGCGGCGCACGAGGACUCGGGCAUCACGAGCAUAUUCAUCAAGCCCGGCGCGCUAUCAGUCGACAGGCAGCGCGGACACGGACUCAGUUUUACUGAGGAGUCGAGCCCGCUGUCGUACUUGGACCUGGCCGCGGGCAUGAUUGAGGCUGCCGACGACGCUGAGGGGAGCUACGAUAUGCGUAACGUCGGGGUUGUUAACGUCGGCGGCGGCCGUGCUGCUUUCCCACGGGGUCUUCCAUCACCAGCGACGAUGCUGCCAGUCACCCUUCUCGCCCUAGAGCUGCUGCUGCUGUCAUCCGCAGCGGCGGCAAAUCCAGGCGCUGCUAAGCACCAAUGUCGAGACUUCCUCAUUCCCGUUAGUGUCACGGCCCCGUAUUACGAUAUCAACCUCUCUAUCAACACCGAUUGGGACCUUCUCGACUACAUAAUCAACUCGACACGACGUGAUUCACAGCAGACCUUCAAGCCCAUUGGCGGCAAUCACUCCGAAUCCACAAACUACACCAUCGGCGCUACGUUCUGUGCUCCCGCCAAUGCCGGCAACGCCUCUGGGACCGUCCUGCUUCUUACAGCCGGCACCAUGGUAGAUCGCAGCUACUGGGACCCUGUUUUUAAAGGUUCCGAGAAAUACUCGUUUGUUCAGCAUGCCCUGGAUGAAGGUUACUCAGUCUUUUCCUAUGACCGCCUGGGAACAGGCAGGUCCACCCGACCCGAUCCCAUUUCCCAUGCCCAGGCCGCGCCCCAGGUGGAGAUUCUAACCACAUUAACCAAGCUACUACAACAACCCAACUCCCCGUACACCAGUGGCACCGCCGUCCACCGCGUAGUGCACGUAGGCCACUCGUUCGGCGCCUUCCUGGUCCUCGCCGCGCAGGCAGCGACGAGCCAGCCAUCGCCAUCGGGUGGUUCAGGUCUGGGCGACGCUGUGGUGCUCACGGGCUACUCGGGCCUGUACAACUGGCUGAGCCUGUUCACAGGCGGUAGCCAGGUGCGCAUUGCAGCUCAGGCGGACCCCAAGAAAUGGUCCGGUCUUCCGCGCGGGUAUGUCGUGCCCGCCGACUUGUACUCGGCGUCGUACGGGGGGUUCAAGACGCCGUACUUUGACCGAGAGGUGGCCGAGUGGCUGUAUGAGACGCAGCAGCCCAUUGCGCUGGGCGAUUUGGUCACAGCCGGGACGUUGACUAUCGACUUGGAGAAUAUCAAGGUUCCUGUUCAGGUCGUCCAGGGACGCUACGAUCUGACAGCGUGCGGUGGGUUUUGCGAUGGUCUUCUGGACAACGUGGCUGCUACGUUCCCCAAUUCGCCCAGGGUUGAUGUCGACGCUUCAUUUGAUGGGGGUCACUUGCUUAACUUUCACUUUGAUGGCAAGCGGUCGUUCCAGGCUAUCACGGACUUUGUUGGCCAGGUGGUUAAAUAA